AUGGAGAGCGCCCACAAGGGCGGAGGCGGAAGCGCGCCCGGUGCCGGAGCCGGAGCCGGAGGGGAGGGCGUUGUGUGCCACGCGUGCGGGUACCAGUACCCGAACGGGCACCCGAGCGCCAAGCAGCGGCGCGCGCACCGGAAGCACUGCGGCAAUCCGACGUCCUCCACCGCCGCCGCGGAGGAGGGGGGCGCCGGUGAGCACGACGGCAGCGAGCUGCUUCUGGGUGAGAGCGGAGGAGGCGCGGGAGCCGAUGGGAACGGAGCGGGCGCGACGGAAUGCGGCGGCGGUUCGCCUGGAUCUGCGCACGAGCCUGGGGACGCGGUGGAGGGAGGGGACAGUGCAGCCAGUGCAGGUGCAGAUCCUUCAGGUAAUGGUGCUGAGCUUCAAGUCAUUGGAGAUAAAGCAGCUGAAGAUUGCCUCGUCAGUAGCAGUAACGUUCCUUCUGAAAUCACUUCUGAGGCCAGCAGGACUGAUGAUGGUACUCUGACUACAGUGGCUACACAGUACUCUGAAAAAGGAUCACCUAUUGAGGAUAAGGAUCCAUCUGAUCCAGCAGUUAGUUCUGAACAGCUCCAGGACGUUCCCACUUCUGUUAUUUCACCAGUCUCUCAAGACUCUGCAAAAUUCAGUUCUGAAAUCUCUGAAAAUGAAAUACAGAACUCGAGUAUUGUGCCUCUGGAAUCAGAUGCAGCUGGAGGUGGAACUUCUGAACUGACGAGUGAUGUAGUCAGACAGCAGGAUGGGGUUGCUGUGACUGGGGAAGGUGGUAUGAUCAACACCAUAGGUGAAAGUAAAUCUAGUGAGGGAAAAUCUGUGCAAGGUGACGAGCUUGGUCUCUCAUGUCAAGAUAUUCUACAGACUGAGAUUGGUGAGGGGCACAGUAGCACUGCAGUGGAGGAAGAUUCAGGUGUCAAGAAUCCUACUGCAAGUAACAACGAAGAAAUCCUGAGCGACGAAACUGAACCAAAUCAGCAAAGCAAGCAUGAGUUAACUGAAUCAUUUGAGAAAGUUCCUAACAUUGAGCCUGUUGAGUCUUCUGCUGAGAAAUCUGUUGGUACAGAUGAUGACUUGCUUCAACUUGGUAAAGAUGGUUGCCACUCAGAGAUACCUGAUGAUAUCAAAGCUCAGCAGCAACCUGACUCUACCUCUGGAAUGGCAGAUCAUCUGGCAAUCUCCAAAGGGGCAGACAAUGUUGAAGGACAGCAUGAUCCUACAACAGAUGAAAGCAUCGGAGCAAUAUCAAGUACAUUUGGACCUGCUGUUGGUUCCACAGCUAACCUUACAGAGGAUGUUUGUUCGUUGGGCAUAACAAUGGAUGACAGCAUGCAGGAAAAUGUGGCAAGUGGUACUCUCGUACCAUCUCCAGUUGAUCUAGUGGAUUUGAGUCCUUCUGCUAUAGCACAUGAAAUCAACAUGGUCGGUAGUAUACAUGAUGUUGACGAAAAGAGUCAGAAUGAAAAAAGCAGUACAGACCUUGUUUCAUAUGAGGUAAAACAGAUGGUUAUCAAGGAUAACUUUGAAGAAAAACAGCAGAACAAAGAUGUCAUUGUAGAUCCUGCUCCUCAUGAAGCCGAUUCUUUUCCUACUACUGAUAAUCACAGGGAAAAUGAGCAGAAUGAAGAAAGUAUUGGAGACACCACUUCUUACAAGAUAAGUACUGUCCAAAGCAUGAGUAGUACUGAAGAAAAGGAACAGAUUGAAGAAUUCAUUGCGAAUCUGGCUUCUGAAGAGAUCAAUGUUACAAGUAACAGAGACAUGGUUGAGCAGCAGGAUGAGAAUGAUGUAAAAACAAACCAUGAAAUAGACGGGGCACGCAGCACAGAAGCUACUGGAGAAAAUAAUGCUACUGCUGGUGAGAGUAACGUGGGAACCAUCACAGAUGUUGUUGAAGACAAAAUGCCUAAUGAAGAAAUUACUUCAGGCACUCUCUCUCUUAACAUCUCAGACAGCAGCAUUAAUGAGUUAAAAAUGCAUAAUGAAGAAGUUAACGAGGGCCUAGGUUGUCAUGAUGAUAUUGUGGUACAUGGCCCUGAUAAUGUCAAAGAGCAGAUGUACGAAGAGACUACGUCAGGUCCCACCUUAGACAAGUUUAGUUUGCUUACCUCUACUGACAGUCCUGAAGAGAGGAAGGAUGAAAACACAAGUGCAGACCCUAUUUCACACGAGACCAAUGUGGCACAAACCAGUGAUGAUGUUGAUGAAGAGAAGAUCGGGGAGCCUGCUGUUGACCCUACUUCCAGCAUUGGUACCAUGGGCAGCAUAGGCGAUGCUGAAGACAAGAAGCCGAGUGAAGAAACUACAGCAGAUCCUAGACCUGUUGAAAACACCACAGCACAAGGCACAGAGGAUGCGGACAGCAGCAAGCAGAAUGAAAACACUACCAGCAUAGGCAAUGCUGAACUCAAGAAGCUGGGUGAAGAAACUACAACAGAUCCUAGACCCGUUGAAAACACCACAACACAAGGCUCAGAGGAUGCAGAAAGCGGCAAGCAGAAUGAAAACACUACCAGCAUAGGCGAUGCUGAAGACAAGAAGCAGAGUGAAGAAACUACAGCGGAUCCUAGAUCUGUUGAGAACGCCACAACACAAGGCACAGAGGAUGCAGAAAGCAGCAAGCAUAAUGAAAACACCACCACUACAGAUGAAACCGCUGAAGUGGCACAGAACACAAAUGUCAUCGAAGAAAGGGAGACGACGGAAGAUACAGCCUCAAAGGAGAUCAGCACUGUAGAAAGCACAGAUGAGCUGAAGGGAGCUACUGAUCAGAACGAAGAGAUAGCCGACAAGGAAAUGGUCACCGACUCGGAUAAGAACCACGUCUCGUUGAAGGUCCUCCUCGCGGACAAGAACGUGGAAACCAAAGAGAAGGAGAAGAAGGCGAGCACCAAGGACCGGGUACUGUCGUUCAGGCGCCGUGUAUCCAAAGACAAUGUGUCGCCGGUGAAGCCAGGUUUGCCCAAAGACGGUUCAGGGCAGCAGGACUGGAACUCCCCGGCCAGGUUGCCCGUGGAGAAGAAACCCAAGGGAAGGAAACAGCAGUGGGUACCGUUUAUUUGCUGCUCGUCGGUACAGUAA